GCACCAACUGAGCCACGAAUUCAAGUCUCCUAUCUACGGCCACCACCAUCCAAUCUUGAAUCUUGAUUAGUAAAAGCAUUAAUUAAACUAGAGCUCCUACGGGCUACAGGCGCGCGCACACCGGAUCGCGAAGGAUGAGUCCUGCCCUGCCUCAAACACAAGGGAAAAUCCUCCCAGAUGCCUGGGACUACAAAGGCCGUCCGGUCGAGAGAUCUAAAACCGGUGGCUGGAUCGCUGCCGCCAUGAUUUUAGGUGGGGAGGCAAUGGAAAGGUUAACGACGCUGGGUAUUGCCGUCAAUCUGGUGACUUAUUUGACUGGAACCAUGCAUUUGGGCAAUGCUACCUCCGCUAAUAUUGUCACCAACUUCAUGGGCACCUCUUUCAUUCUCUGUUUACUCGGUGGCUUUAUUGCCGACACCUUUCUUGGCAGGUAUCUCACGAUUGCCAUCUUCGCCACCGUUCAAGCAACUGGUGUCACAAUCUUGACAAUCUCGACCGUGAUUCCCAGCCUCCGUCCACCCAAAUGCGCCGCGGACACCGUUCCGCCCUGCAUCCCCGCAAGCGGCAUGCAGCUAAAAGUUCUUUAUCUAGCGCUGUACCUCACCGCCCUCGGCACCGGUGGUGUAAAAUCGAGCGUGUCGGGCUUCGGCUCAGACCAGUUCGAUGACUCGGACAAAGAAGAGAGAGCCCAAAUGAGUAAAUUCUUCAACUGGUUCUUCUUCUUUAUAAGCAUAGGCUCACUCCUGGCCGUAACCGUUCUUGUGUACAUCCAAGACAACCUUGGGAGAGAAUGGGGUUAUGGAAUAUGUGCGUGUGCCAUACUGCUCGGCUUGGUUGUGUUCUUGUCGGGCACGAGGCGGUACCGGUUCAAGAAGCUCGUCGGUAGCCCGCUUACGCAGAUUGCUGCGGUUUUUGUCGCUGCGUGGAGAAAGAGGCAUUUGGAGUUACCUUCGGAUAUAUCGUUGCUGUUCAACGUCGAGGACUUAAAAGGCGAGGGACAGAGGAAGAAGAAGCAGAGUUUGCCACAUACCAAGCAGUUCCGUUUCCUGGACAAGGCAGCAAUCAAGGACCAGGAAAUGUCUAGUAGUUGGAAUACCAGUAGUACUGCAGUAAACAAAUGGUAUCUUUCAACCCUAACAGAUGUUGAAGAAGUGAAAUUGAUCCUCAGAAUGUUACCCAUAUGGGCCACCACUAUCAUGUUUUGGACGAUCUAUGCUCAAAUGUCCACAUUCUCAGUCUCUCAAGCAACCACCAUGGACCGCCAUAUCGGCUCGUUUCAAAUCCCCGCAGCUUCCCUAACAGUCUUCUUCGUCGGCAGCAUUCUCUUGACUGUCCCCCUUUACGACCGAAUCAUUGCUCCCAUUGCAAGGAAAGUGCUUAAAAACCCACAAGGUUUAACCCCAUUGCAACGCGUAGGGGUUGGUCUCGUUUUCUCAAUGUUUGCAAUGGUGGUAGCGGCACUCACUGAACUAAAGCGUUUGCGAGCCGCAAGAUCAUAUGGUUUGUCGGAAAAUCCAACCGCAGAGAUCCCAUUAAGUGUGUUUUGGCUGGUUCCGCAGUUUUUCUUUGUGGGAUCAGGGGAGGCCUUUAUGUAUAUAGGGCAGCUAGAUUUCUUCCUGAGGGAGUGUCCAAAAGGGAUGAAGACAAUGAGCACAGGGCUGUUUUUGAGCACACUUUCGCUAGGGCUUUUCGUUAGCUCUGUACUGGUUAGUAUCGUGCACAAGGUGACAGGGAAAAGGAGGCCGUGGCUAGCGGAUAAUCUCAACCAAGGGAAGCUUUACGAUUUUUACUGGCUUUUGUCAAUCUUGAGUGCUUUGAAUUUGGUCCUAUUUUUGGUUUGUUCUAAGUGGUAUGUGUACAAGGACAAGAGGCUUGCGGACGAGGGUAUAGAGUUGGAGGACCUGGAGCCUACUUGCCAUGCAUAACGGUUUGACCUGAUCUCUCUUUUCGUUUGAGUUUUACUAUGUACGUACGUACAUACAUACAUACAUAUAUAUAUAUAUAUAUAUUUAUAUAUAUAAUCAGCCACUAAAUUGACAUGGAUCAUAAUUCACAUGCAUGUCUAGAAUGCUAAGAGUCUAAGACCGGCAGACGCAAUUUAGAGGUGGUCUCGCGUGCAUGCCACCCUACCCAAACUGGGGGCCGGGAUAGCCACACCUUUGUUUUGGAGAUUUUCUUAGUUUCUUAACUUAUUCCAUGCAGUACGUAGCUAGAUUGCCCACUUGAGUUUAUGAGAUAUGUACAGCAAAACUUUGUGUAGUAAAAGUACUUGUUGUACUA